GCGUCCACAGGGCCGCGCGAUUGGCCUCAAAACUGACUUCAGGGACCCCGACCGAGAAAGGUCCUGUGCUGCAGGAACCUGAGCGCGCCGGCCGCGAAGCCUAGAGGCGCAGCCCCGCCCCUCGGGGCCGACUUCCUGCCUCCGCAUUGGCCCGCGCGCCCGUCAGUCUCCGUCCAUGGGGCUUGGCCGGCUUCUCUCUUCGCUCUUUCUCCUCUCGGAUCCCUCCUCUCUUUACGCUGCUUUGCUGGCUUCCUCCGCCGGUGACUGGCCACUCGUGCUAGUAGGAGCCUGAGCUACCGCUGGCUCCAGGGAGCUCGGAGAAGGGGAGGGCUCGCCCGGCAGGCGCUGAUCAUCGCCUGGGUGGGCGGCAGGUCCGCGGCCUCUGCCAGCAGCACCACCUGUCGCGGGGGCGAGACGUCGGGUGAGAAAAGAUGCUGUCCCGGUUAAGAAGAGUUGCCACUCCCUGUGCUCUGGCAUGUCGUCGUCUGCACACAAAAGAGAAAGGCAAGCCACUUAUGUUGAACCCACGAACAAACAAGGGAAUGGCGUUUACAUUACAGGAACGACAAAUGCUUGGUCUUCAAGGACUUCUACCUCCCAAAAUAGAGACACAAGAUAUUCAAGCCUUACGAUUCCAUAGAAACGUGAAAAAAUUGAGUUCCCCUUUGGAAAAAUACAUCUAUAUAAUGGGAAUACAAGAAAGAAAUGAGAAAUUGUUUUACAGAAUACUGCAAGAUGAUAUUGAAAAUCUAAUGCCAAUUGUAUAUACACCAACAGUUGGUCUUGCCUGUUCCCAGUAUGGACACAUCUUUAGAAGACCUAAGGGAUUAUUUAUUUCAAUCUCAGACAGAGGUCAUGUUAGAUCAAUUGUGGAUAACUGGCCAGAAAAUCAUGUUAAGGCUGUUGUGGUGACUGAUGGAGAGAGAAUUCUGGGUCUUGGAGAUCUGGGUGUCUAUGGAAUGGGAAUUCCAGUAGGAAAACUGUGUUUGUAUACAGCUUGUGCAGGAAUACGGCCUGAUAGAUGCCUGCCUGUGUGUAUUGACGUAGGAACUGAUAAUCCAGCACUCUUAAAAGACCCAUUUUACAUGGGCUUAUAUCAGAAAAGAGAUCGAUCACAACGUUAUGACGACCUGAUUGAUGAGUUUAUGAAAGCCAUUACUGACAGAUAUGGACGGAACACACUUAUUCAGUUUGAAGACUUUGGAAAUCAUAAUGCGUUCAGGUUCUUGAGAAAAUACCGAGAAAAAUACUGUACAUUCAAUGAUGAUAUUCAAGGGACUGCUGCAGUAGCUCUAGCAGGUCUUCUUGCAGCACAAAAAGUUAUUGGUAAAUCAAUCUCAGAACACAAAAUCUUAUUUCUUGGAGCAGGAGAGGCUGCUCUUGGAAUUGCAAAUCUUAUAGUUAUGGCUAUGGUAGAAAAUGGCCUCUCAGAAGAAGCGGCACAAAAGAAAAUUUGGAUGGUUGACAAGUUUGGCUUAUUAUUUAAGGGGCGGAAAGCUAAAAUAGAGAGUCAUCAGGAAUCAUUUGCUCACUCAGCCCCAGAGAACAUACCAGAUACUUUUGAAGAUGCAGUAAAUAUACUUAAGCCUUCAGCUAUAAUUGGGGUGGCAGGAGCCGGCCCACUUUUUACUGCGAAUGUAAUCAAAGCCAUGGCUGAUAUCAAUGAAAGGCCUAUAAUAUUUGCAUUAAGUAAUCCUACAGCAAAGGCUGAGUGCACAGCUGAAGAAGCGUAUACACUUACAGAGGGAAGGUGUUUGUUUGCCAGUGGCAGUCCGUUUGAGCCAGUGAAACUCAGUAAUGGGCAAAUGUUUACACCAGGUCAAGGAAACAAUGUAUAUAUUUUUCCAGGCGUGGCUUUAGCUGUUAUUCUUUGUAACACCCGGCAUAUCAGUGACCAUGUUUUCCUAGAAGCUGCAAAGGCACUGACAAAUCAAUUGACAGAUAAAGAGCUGGCUCAAGGGAGACUUUACCCACCUCUUGCUGAUAUUCAGGAAGUUUCUAUUAACAUUGCUAUUAAAGUUACAGAAUACCUCUAUGCUAACAAAAUGGCUUUCCGAUACCCAGAACCUGAGGACAAGGCCCAGUAUGUCAGAGAACGAAUAUGGCGAAGUGAGUAUGACUCCCUGCUGCCGGAUGUGUAUGAAUGGCCGGAGUCUGGAACAAGCCCUCCCCCAAUAAUGGAAUAGAAGCACUCUCGAGGAAAUACUUUCCAGGCUUCAGGGAACCCUUUUUUCAGACAAAAAGAUAGUAUUGUCAAAUUUAUGGGUGUUUUCUGUGUUUCGUCCUCCCCCACCGCUUUGCUUGACUUAUUUUUCCCCAUGAAUCUACACUUCUGUAGAAGGUAGAUGUGUUGACUGCAUUGUUAAUCCCAUGCUGCCAUCAAAUAACUGUAAUGUUUUCCUUCUGAUUUGUAGCUCAUCCACAUCAAAGAGAUGUUAGAAAUGUAUUUGUACACGUCUUCACUUGUGCUGUUAUUCACUCUUGCCAAAGGAUUUUCUGUUUACUAGUAUUACAGAUAGUAA